AUGGCCCUUGACAUUGUGGCGGGUCUGACGGCCACACAAGAGGGCAUCAACCGCCUGAAGCCCGCAGCAGAGCCCCUGGUCACGCGCCUGUUCCGCCUCGUCCCGGACAGGGCCCUGUCCCAGCAGGUCUGCCCGCUGCCGCUGCCCCUGCUGCUGCUGCCGCUGCUGCUGCUGCCGCUGCCGCUGCCGCUGCAAAGUGCGACGGUGGUGCUCGCGACGGUUGCGGCGGCAGUGAAAGGCGAGUUGGCAGCAGCGCUGGCGGAUCCAGCGGCUGCUCCGUCCCCAUGCCUUCCUUGUAUCAACCCGCACCGCACCCUUUGCACCGCUCCUGCUCUGCAUGCCCGCUUCAUAAAAAAGGCGCUGGCUGCCCUAGUAAACCUGGCCCAGGACGACGACGCGCGCGGCGCCAUGGUGAAGCUGCGCGCCGUGUCGCGCGUGCUGGAGGCCAUCCGGGAAAAGAGCUGCCCCCACCUGCACCUCUUGACCAUGCUGCUGGCCAACUUGACAGUGGAGGAGGCGGCGUGCGAGGAGCUGCUGCAGCUGGGCAGCGGCGGCAUGGAGGGACUGAACAUGGCGCUGCUGCUGAAGAUCUUCAUCACCAGCGCGGUCACCCUCGACGCGCCAGUGCCGGGCCCCAGCAGCGCCAACGGCACCAGCAGCAGCGGGGGCGCGGGCGGCGCGGCCUCCCCGUCAGCGGCGGCAGCGGCCCAACCAGGCAGCCUCGCGUCUGCGGCGGCGGAUGCGGACCCUUGCCAGCAUUUGGGGGCGGUCAUUACGAACGUGACGCGGCUGAAAAAGGGGCGGGAGAUUUUGCUUGAGCCCGGCCGCGGGCUGCUGCAGGCGCUCGCGGCGCAGCUGGCGCCCGGCAGCAGCGAGCGACGGCGGAGAGGGUGCAGCGCCGCGCUGCGCAACUGCUUCAUGUCAGCGGAGGCGGACGGCACUCUGGACCAGAUUGUGUCUGACGAGGCGGUGCUGGCGCGCAUGCUGGAGCCAAUAGCCGGCGGCGCCAAUGCUGACAAGGACGACAACGUCCGGGAGGCCCUGGCAGAGGCUGUCGCCGUGCUGGCUGCUGAGCCGAGCGGUCGCGGGCGCGACGCGCUGCUGGCGGUGGACGCUGACACAAAGCUGCACAAGGGGUACGAGUACGAAGACCACCCCGGCGUGUGCGCGGCGAUGGAGGCGGCGGGGCGGUGCUUCAUCAAGUUCGGGGACGACGAGGACGCGGAGCAGAGGCAGACGGGCGGCGGCAGGAGCUGUCUGCAGUGA